AUGGAGGUGGAGCGAAAUCGUGGAGAACUCAUGGCGGAUCUCAAGAGAGAAUUGAGCUGCCUAUAUCCUCCGCCGCAGCAACACACGUCGCAUCGAGGCCAAUAUGACAAAGUCUUAGCUCUUCUGGAUCAAAUAUCUGCGUUCUUUAUACCGACGAUGGUAAACUUCAACCUUUCUAGAUUACCAUACGUUGGCCGGUUUGUCAAAGAUAGUAGCUAUUGCCGGUGCCUUAUGUUGGGACAAGAUAAUGCAGGGAAAACUACCCUUCUACACAGACUCCAGCUGGGAAGAAAAGUUGAUACCAUCCCGACAGUGUUGUACACCUCUAAUAUUGAAACGGUCCAGGUACCUUCGGAAAAAAUCAAUAUCACGUUCUGGGACCUAGGAGGUGGCUGUUCGCGGAUUCCACCCCAACUCUUCCGAUAUUAUCUGGAUCCAGAAAUCUUGGUUUUGUUUUUGAUUGAUCCUACGGUGAUCUUUUGUCCAAAUGACGGCGCUAGAAGAGCGCAAGAUGCCAUUGAAGAGCUGAAGUUUGCUCUAACAGAAAUAGUCGGGGCUAAGUAUUUAGCAGUGAUAUUUACAAAGCGCGACCAAACACGCGGCGAUGAUCCUCGAGUCGAGCUUCAAAUUUCAUUGGUGAAGCAGGUCCUCGCCGAGCAUAGGACCAAGGUGCCAUAUCCAUGCGAGCUUUAUGAUGACCUAGAGCAACUUAGCGCAGCUACAGGCGCGCAGACAGAUAUUCUGCUAACAAGGCUUGCCCGCGUCGCCAAAAUGGAGGAGAAGGCGAUGAGAGAUUUCCUGAUGAAAAAGACAGCCCCGUCUCCUUCACCCAAGCCAAACCUACCCAAGCUCUCAAGAGAGGAGCUGUUGGUGAAGAUAGAUAGCGGCUCCAAAGAUGCGGAUAACUUGCUAGGUCCAGAUGAAUUUAUGAGGCGGAUGGUUUCAGGGGAUUUAGAAAAAUGGGACCAUCAGUUCCAUUUGCGUGCUGGGUUUUUAACGCUUACAGAACGCAUUCUCAGGGAGAACGUUGUAUUCGACGCAGCUGACUUAUUUCUUGAGCGACUAGAUCUGAUGCUGAAGGCUGUGCCGGGAAAGUUUCAGAAUACUUCACAUCGGACGUUGACGAUAUUCUGGCUGCAUCAAAUCUAUCUUGCCAUGCUCUCUUUUCGCGAAAGAGCGGGAUCAUUCCCUGCCAGGGAGAAAUUCAAUGAAUUUCUCCUGGAGAACCCCGAUCUCAUGCAUGGCCGUUCAUGGGACUUGUAUUAUUCCAAGGAUGUUUUGUUCAGUCCGGCGGCGAAAGAUGGCUGGAAACUGCCUGACAUCCGACCCCUUCCGCGAUAUAUAUCGCGUCGAGUAGAGAGCCAACAACCCACUACUCCAAAUCACGAGAAGAACAAAGCCAUAUCCGUCCAAUACCAGACACGCCUAAACACCACAACCCCGGAGAUCCUCAAACGUUUCUCCUUCGCAACUCUCAAGGCGAUGAAAUUGACCAACCGCCGUCGAGCUGCCGUCAUUAACGAAACUAUGCCUGUUCUGCAGUCGCAAAUAAUACGUCUUCGAGCCGCGUUCUUAACAACCCCAUCACCAUCACGGUCUGCCAAUUCUACAAUAAACAUAGACCCUUAUUCCGUUACCCAAGCCUACUUCUGGAUCCAGAUGCUACACGCAGCCAUAGAGUCCGUCCCUGCCAGCUCAGGGCUUGACAUCCGAAACAUAACCUUCGAAAGCUUCCGCGUCCUCUUCCCCGAACUCCUUGCGGAAGAUGAUAUUUGGAAGCAGUACUAUACCGAAGAACGAUGGACCAGCAUCAAGGGGCGUACGUGCACGGUAUUACCCGACUUAAAACCGCUCCCGAACGUGUUGCAAGCCCCUUCGCAAUCCCAUGUUCGGCAGGCUGUAGCUUCGACGCUCGACGAGAAGUACUCGUAUUCAUCAUUCUCGACAUCGCUAUAUAGCUAUGGUCGACCAAGUGUGGAGGAGCUGUUUCUCGAAGUGCGCUGGGCAGUGAGGGAAGCGCGCGAGUGUGGGAGCAGUUAUUCUGCAAUUCCCAGCACGCAUGCCAUGCUCAUUUAUCGCAUCUUUACCCGAAUGUUGGACAGAAGAACUAUAUCGCUAUCCAGCGCGGCGUGGGAUGCAGUGUCGUUCCUCCACCACCAACAACAACAGCCAAAGCAAGCCAAAUCACAAGAAUAUGAAAAAGAACACCAUCACCAUCACUAUGACCACCCGCCCUCUCCACAAAACUUCACGGCAGCAGUCUUCUGGUCCAAUAUAGUUCUGCGUGCAUUUUUCGAGACCGAUAACUCAUCCCCCUUCCAUUCAAGAUACAUCAGUUCUGCCUCUGCCACUCACCAUACGACAUCUUCGCAGCAGGUAACGUUGCGGGCGCAAUUCUUCGAGGAGUUCCUCCAAGCCAAUCCGGAGUUGUGCUGGGAGGGUUUGUGGCGCUUGUAUUAUUCGGAUGAGUUGUGGAGGAGCGAGGAUGCCAGAACUAUGUAUGUAGUGCCGGACCGGAGGGGGAUUCCUGCAUUUGUGGAGAAUGGAACUGGGGGUGGAACGAUGGAGAAGGAGGUAGAGGUAGAAUUGGAAGCAGAGAAGGAGAAGGAAGAGAAUGUGGUGUUGGAAGGCGGAUGGGAGGUUGUGGGUGAAUGA